UUUUUUUUUUUCUCACUUUAUUGUAUUUAAAGAAAGAAUCAUCAUGUUCGGUCUUCGCAAAUUCAACACUCCUGUUGUUCGUCCUGUUGCUCCUUUCAUCGUUGGUGGUGUUACUGUACUUUACUUCGUCGCCAAGAUCCAAGAUGCUAUGAUCAACUCUGAUGAAUACAGAAACGACCCUAGAAACCCUGCUUUGUCUGCUGGCAAGAAGGAUCACUAAACGCAUUGUAUUGUACUCGUUUAUUUACCAACUUCUCUCUCUCAUCAUUAUAUAUACUUUUUGAUUAUUAUACAUUUAUGUUUUUAUUCAACUACUCGUCCAAUGUUCGACAAUGAUUCAAAACAAAAUAAAAAUCAACCUUUUUGUAGAACUUUA